AAUGUACGUACGUAGGCGUACGCACGGAAUCGCGACGCUCCAUCUAGUGUUCGGACUAUUGACCCGAGUAUGGCGAGUUCGCAUGGGAAUUUACAUGGAGAGUAGCUAUGUUGUACAGUAUCCCUAGCACGUGUUGUUAGUCGUGCAGCAUUUGUUGUUUAUCGAGGUUAUAUAGAGAAGUGAGAAGUAGUAUUAAAUAGUGUGAAUAUUAAUCAAAACUGUACAUCAUGCCUAAAUCAAAUGCUCAGACGUGUAAGGAAUACAGAGAUCGACUGCGUGCCAAAAAUAAAUUAAAUAAAGUGAAGAAAAACCCGAAAACUACUGCUGAACGUGUCCGGGAAUACAGAGCAAGGAAGAGGGCUAUCAAUUUACAACCACCUCCGAACCCUUCACUGGCAGAAGAAAUCGAACGGACCGAUAAUUUGAGCGCUGGUAAUGAACUUUCGGCGACGCUAAACGUUCCAAAUAGAAUUUUCCACGAAAUGCUUGUUCCAAGUGUCGAUGCAGACAUCCCAGGGCCAUCAGCAAGGGAGGUUGACGUGAGAGGCAUAACAGUGAACCCUAACCUCCCUUACAAAGACUUCACUCGAUUUAAGACUAUACAUAAAGAAUUCGAUAAAAAAUUCAAGAAUAAUUCUUUCGGCUUUCCUUGCUCCAUCUGUGAUCGUUUGUGGUUCCAAGAGGAUUUAAGAGCUCCAGCCAAACAACAUAGUGAGAUUUUAGACACCAUUGCACCAACAAUGAAGAGAGAUGAAAUGAAAAUUUGUAACACUUGCCUUCGAUCACUCAACACUAAUUCUAUCCCAACAUUGUCAGUAUAUAAUGGCUUCUCAUAUGUACAAAUACCUGCCCAUCUUCCACCCCUCGAUUUGGUAUCAGAAAGACUGAUAUCACCGAGAAUUCCAUUCACGCAAAUACGGCGAUUACGGCAUGGAAAUGGACAACAUGGAAUAUAUGGACAAAUCAUCAACGUUCCAGUUGAAGUGGACUCAAUGGUGAAACAUCUUCCACGACAUCUUGAUGACGAUCAUUGCAUCAAUGUGCACAUUAAGAAAAAGAAAAUUCACAAGUCCAGUCAUUUGAGUGGUCUCAUCAACAAGAGAAAAAUUAAGGCUUGGCUGCAGCAUCUAAUAACGACACCACUAUAUCAACUGUAUGACAUCAAUGUUGAUGAUUCAUUUUUUAACAGUAGAGCCAAUCAGGAUCAGAUACCCCAAGAAGAAAUCAGCGAAGAAAUUCCCAUCGAAGAGAGUCUGUUUGCUCAACAACAGACUUUGCUUUGGAAUGAUGACAAAUAUUUGCGUACUGCACCAGGAGAGAUGAAUGUUUCACAAAGUUUACUCUUUGAUGAACACGCUGAAGAGCUCUCAUUUCCGUCAAUCUAUUGUGGCCAAUUUCGAACCUUCAGGGAAGGAGUGCGAGUAACACCCUUCAUGAUGGCGACAAGUGAAUUGAGGCGUUCUGAUCGACGUGGAGUUGCACCUUACCACCUGCUCUACAUGGCUAUGAAAAUCAUGAGAAUGAGAGUUCGUGAUAGUUUGGCUGUUGCAUUUAAAUAUAUCGGAAAAGAUGCAGCCAUAACUCGCCUGCAGGUGGAAUCGGAAGAGUAUGUAAACGAUUGUAUCGAGAGUAAUCUCGCUUUUCUGCGUACUAUCCCCAAUUCUGCUUGGUAUUGGGCGGAACAAAAAAGGGAUCUCUUUGCUAUGAUCCGACAAUUGGGGAAACCAACCAUAUUCCUUACUGUGAAUGCCAACGAGACCGGCUGGGAGAAGCUAUUACAAACUUUAUAUAAAUUGAAACAUAAUGGAGCGGAAAUAUCAGCACACAUUGCUGCACAGUUGAAUUUCAUUGAAAAGGAUACCCUAAUUAAUGAGGACGCAGUGACUUGUGCUUUAUACUUCAACAAAUUGGUGAAUGUGCUGUUGACUAUUUUGCAGUCUAAGAAGAAUAGCCCGUUUGGCCAGUAUCGUGUAGCCCAUUAUUUUAAACGAAUCGAAUUUCAACAUCGCGGGAGUCCUCAUGCUCACAUUCUUCUUUGGCUAGACAAUGCACCAAAAGAUCCACUUGUGAGUGAUAAAGAGAAAGCUAUAGACUUGAUUGACAAAUUAUCUUCAGUAUCGCCGAGUCAAGCAUCAGGAAAUAAAAGGCUUGUAUCUCACGGACAUACAUUUACGUGUUAUAAGAAAAUAUCAGCGAACGAACCACAAAAAUGUCGCUUCGAAGCUCCUUUCAUGCCAUCUAGGAAAACCACAAUCUUGACACCUAUGCAACAAACUGCGGAUGGAUUCAGCAGAUACGCCGAGCGAUAUAAGGAUAUACGAGUCAAUCUCGAGAAUAAUGAUUAUGUAGAUAUGGAUACCUUCUAUGCAGAAAAUCGGAUCAGUUCUGAUAAAGAUUAUGAGAAUAUAUUGAGGGCUGGAAUCAACCGACCGCGAGUUUUUGUAAAAAGACAACCAUCUGAAAAAUGGAUCAACGCGUUCAACCCCUUCAUUUUGAAUGUCUUGAAAUCUAAUAUGGAUAUUCAAUUCAUCACUGAGGAAUAUUCAUGUGCACAAUACGUUGUUGAAUAUGUUAACAAAAGCAACAGAGGGAUGAGUAAUUUACAAAGGCAGAUUAUAAGGAUCAUGGAUGAGCACCCGGAAUUUGACAUCGUCGGAAUCAUCAGAAAAAUGAGUGUAGAUGUUCUCAAUACCGUUGAAAUUUCGAGUCAGGAGGCUGCGUGGUACUUACUACGGGAACCAAUGUCCAAGAGCUCAGUCUCAAUUGUCUACAUACCUACAGUAUGGCCAAUAGAACGACAGCGAAUUCGGAAAAGGCAGAAGGAAUUGAAUGAGAUGGAAUGCGGCGAAGAUUCAACUGAUAUAUGGAAGGAGGACUGGUUCAUUAAAUACGAGAAGAGGCCUGAAGAACUGGAAAAUAUAACACUUGCUCAGUUUGUCGCUAAUUAUACACAAUCUCCCCGAGGAGGAUGGGUUCAAAGGAAAGAGCCACGCGUAAUACGUUAUAGGAAUUAUGACAUAGCUUAUGAUUAUAACGAGUAUAAGCGUGAGAUGGUCACAUUACAUCUGCCAUUCAGGAAUGAAGAAGAGCAAAUCCUUGCUGACAUGAAAUUCAUCGAAAUAUAUGAUGAACAUGAACAAACGAUUUUAGUUAAUCGCCAGAUCUUCGAAUCAAAUUUGGAUAUAGAGAAGACAAUUCAAAUUUGCAGAGAUUUAUAUCGUGAGGGUAAUGUUACGGAUGAAGAUGAAGGGCAAAAUAUAACAAACAGAUUCCCUGAAGCAAAUCCAUUCGAACAACUGUAUAAUAAUGAAAAUUCAGAGGUCAACAGAGAUUUAAAAUUAGCUCCAUUGAAUCAACUCGGCGCAAUUGCGAAAAGAAGAGAAAAUUUGAUGCCAACCAAAUUUCUCAGCCGACGAAGCUGAUCGACUUUGCCCUAAUGGAAUUCGUUUAUUUCCCACAAAUAACGCUGUCACAGAGUAUAAUCAACGGAUUUUGAAUGCGAUUGAGGAUAGGGCCGUCAUAGUAUCAACCGAUAUCUACAUAGGCUGCCAAAAUCAUGAACAAGAAGCAUUUGUACGACAGAAACUUCACAAGAUGUCUCUUAUUGAUACUGCAGUUGGAGAUAUUUGUACGACCGAAUGUGUCAUAGAAAGCGGACAGAGUGUGACAAUGAUUGUUCUCUACAUCACGCCGAACCAGAGAAUUAACGAUGUAAUCAAAUUCAUACAUAGAGCAUUAUUUGCAUAUACUACCUCCGGUGCAGCAGCAUUAGGAAAAGAUUGGCACACUAUGCCAAAGAUUUUAAGCGGUGAUUUUAAUGUCAAUUUUGUCUUGGAAGAAACUCAACCACUUGUAUAAUUUUUAGAAAGUAAAUUUAAUUAAAAAAUGAAUAAUAAUCCCAAAAACUCAACCACCAGAUCAGACACGACAAAAGAUGUAAUUUUCUCAAGGUAUUUAAAUAAUUUCCAAUCACGAGUUUUCAAAUCAUAUUUUUCAUACCACAAACCAAUUGUAUGUUUUCUUGAACAUGAAAUUAUGGAAGUGAAUGAAUAGAUUGUUUAUAAAUGGAGGCGAAAACAUCAACUAUCUGUUUUCAUUAACCUACCACGCUUAAAAAUUCCAGAAUAAUGAAUAGUGACUUCUGUUAUCGGGGAAAUAUUUCUAACUCAUAAAACUUGCAGGGUAGGAUGUGUAUUCUCAUUUCAAGUGCCCAUCGAGAUCCGUGAAGCUUCACUUCUAUCGCCUAGCUUUCUAGGCUGACAAUUUUUUAAUUUUUCUUCGAUGACUUCAAUCGCUGCAGUUGGACCAUCUGAUUGGGCCUAUCUGUUACACCUGGUGAGCCGCGAUUUGAAGACUGUUCGUUUAUUUGUUAGUGCUUCCACUUGAGCCAUUUCUGCUGUUUGUUGAGAAUGAUUGGGAGUGCGUGGUAACAUGCAGUGAUGUGCGCACCCCCCGAUGCGGAGUUUUAUUGAGAAAAAUUUUUAAUCCUUGAAGACUGCGAGGGCUUGUACACGUAACACUGCACUUAAUAUCACGAAAUACACUAAGUCAACACACUGAGUUUAUUCACUGAGUCUCUGCAAAUAUAAAAUCAUUCUAUAAUCCGACUCGAAGGACCAUGUAUUGAAUUGAUUUAAUACCGUGUUCCAUUGAACACUCUAGAAUUAUAAGCUCAAGAGUUCUGACCUACACAGAACACUAUUUUCAAUUCUGUUACACGCCGAAGUGUUUUUUGUGUGGCUAUUUUUAAUAAGGGGGUGAAUCACACUCAGGAUUCUAAUGAAUAUUAAAUUUAUUUUACAACAAAUACAAUUAUUUGAAGACCUCCGAUGAGGUGACUAUUUUGGGAGUUGGGAUGAUACUGAGGAGUGGUACAAAUUAUCGAGACAACAUGGGAAGAAAAGUGCAAGGGAUAAAAAAAUGGAAAGGAAAAAUUUCCAGAACUGCCAUUUAUUGGCGAGGUGCAAUUAGAGAGAGGAAAGAGAGAGGUCAAUAUCUCUUGGAGACGAUUCCCCAAAAACGUCUGUCUGGAGGAAUCGAUGUACGGAAUCAUAAAAUAAUUCAGAAAUUGAAAAAUCCAACUCCUCUAUACGUAGUCCCUGCAAAGAUCUUACUCUACUAAGGGUCACGUAGGCUUGACCUUCUUCAAACAGUUUCGCACCUAAGUAUACGACUGCGUGAUCCACAGUGCUGCCCUGCAUUUUAUGUAUUGUAGAAGCCCAUGAUAGUAGUAAAGGCAACAUUCUUAAAUAUUGAGGUUGUAUAGUGCACUGUAUUCUUCUUGUCACGCCCUUUUAUUUGAUACCCAUAUUGAUGGGAUUGAUAAAACCUACAUUAUC